UGUUAAUCCAGAAGCCCCCCGACGGCCGAACCUCCUCCGUCUCCCCUCCCGUCGCAAUCGAGACGCGACAACCUCCACUUCGCCCACAAGGGUUUUGCCGCUGGAGAUGGACGCCGCAGGUCCCGCGGCGAGGUUCUCCGCCCUCGAGGCUGAGCUCGCCGCCAAGACAUCCCGCAUCGCCGACCUGGAGGCUAGGGUCUCGCUCCUCUAUGCCGAGAACGCGCGAUUGCGGAAGGCCUUGGCCAAGGGAGAAGGAACGGACCGUGCAGGCGAGGAAGAUCCGAAAUUUGGUCGGUUGGCCGCAGGUUUAGGCGGAAACAAGCACGAGGCGGUCGAGAAGCAGGACGGGAGUGUGGCCUGCGAUGUUAUAGAGGUCAGUGACUGCGAGGAGGGGAUGGCUAUUGGUGUCAACGAGGGGAGAGGGCCGGAGGAGGGCGUCGUUGCCGUCCCGACUCCUCGGAAGCGUGCGGUGCGCGUGGUGACUGGAGAGAGCGAGGACGUGGAGGACGCCGAUGGAGGCAAUGGAAACGACAAGGGGAGCGCCCGUUGCAACAGCGAUGCGGGGUUGGAGGAUGAUGAUGUUCUGAUCACGGCGCGGUGUAAGAAGCGUGCGGCUGCACGGGUGGUCACCACUGAUAGUGAGGACGAGGAUGAGGAUGGUGGUGAGCUUGGGAGUGACGAGGAUGAUGAACAUGAUAAGGAGGGUGGUGUUACGCCCAGUAGGAAGCGCGCGUUGCGUGGAUUCAGUGACAGCGAGAAUGAGGAUGGCAAUGAGGGUGUUCAUGUGGUUAGAUUGGAGCCUGCUUCACUUGUAGUUGCAACACAUAUUGAGAGUGGGGAGGAGGAUGAGGAUGAUUCGGUCCCCAUUUGUCAAGCACUCAAGAAGAUGAGGAAAAAGAGGGUUAGAGAUGGCAAUGAUGAUGAAUUGGGUGAGGCAGAGGGGUGUUCUACUCCCGCAACAAGGCGCUUGGCUUGUUUGGUUAAAAAUCAGUCAAAAGGGGGGCGAGCUGCACGCCAAGUGCUUGACUUUGUUGAACCCAAAGAAUAUGAAGGGAGUGAAGAUGAUAUGGAAGAAGACAAUGAUAUGGAUGAGUUCAUAAAUGAUGAUGAUUCUUUAGAAAAUGCCACUGAUUCUGCUGAAGAAUCCUGUGCUGAACCAGAAGUAUCCGAUGCGUCUGCUCGGAAUGAAGAAUCCUCUCCAGAACCAGAAGAGUCUGACAGUGAGAUAAACUAUGCAGAUGUUAUGGCUUGCAUAGGCCGUAAAAGGAAUUCUAAGGAUUGGGAACAUGAGGGACAAAUGCUAUCAGCAUUCGAUAAACACCCUGAGCUUUGCUUGAAAGCUGUUUGUGCACUCUAUCGGAAGCAAACUGAGGAUGAACGAUCAGAAAAGGCCACUUUGAUUCAUAAUAAAGAGGGAUUUAGCCAGAUAGAUGCCCGAAGGGGAUCUCGCAUAGCGGAGUUUCUUCUGGAUGGUGACCCGUAUGGUCCACUGAAGAAGACUGUCAGUGAUUUGGAAGAGUAUGAUCGUUAUGCUCUUGAGUUCUGUCACAAUGUGGCUGCACGUUACUCAAAACAGCUGUUUGCAAUUUAUCAGAACAAGGAGGACACCUACUUUCGUCCAUAACCUCUGGUACACUUGUGGCACAUAAGCUGAAAUUGGAUUCUUUGCAACAGCUGAAGCGCUGAUCGAUCAGGGGUGUCUGACUCUCAAUUAUUAAUGUCCCGGCAUUGAGUUGGUUACAAGUUGCUUUGCUCUGUUUGUUGACGAGGGUGCAUUGUCAAGAUAUCAACAGCAGGUGAUAGCUUGCCUCAAAAAGCUACUUCAACUAGUAUGUUAUUCCUUGAUGGAGAACGCAAGCGUUAUGGACAGCUAACUGCCGCAGGCAGAAAUGUGAACUAGGCGUCGCCGGGUUGAGGCUGAGCUAGACUGGGAGAUACUAUUAGGAUGCCAAUGUGUGUCCCGUACCCACAGCCCACGAUAGAAUUUCUGUAGCUGAAAAGAAUGUGCCCAGGGCAUUCAUGGCUUAUUUGA